AAAAUCAUCAUCCCCUUCCUUCAACUAUAUACUUAAAAUCUUUCCCCUCGAACUUCCUUUCCCAGUUCAUCCACUCUCUUGUUGUUGUCAAUGGCCACACCCUUUAACUUCCACACCAUCCUUCGCCCUUCUUAUCUCCCUUCACCAUCAUCAUCAUUAUCUUGUACACUUUCUUUACUUGCUCCGCCUCACUUGUCCACAACUUUCUUGGGUCAAGUCCAAAGGCUCAAAUAUGCUGCCAAUGCCACCCCACUCACAACCAAACGUGGCGUUCGCAUGUCAUGGGACGGUCCACUCUCUUCCGUCAAAUUGAUCAUACAGGGUAAAAAUCUUGAGCUCACUGAUGUGGUGAAGCAGCAUGUGGAGGACAAGGUGGGGAAGGCGAUUCAGAAGCACAGCCACAUAGUGAGAGAGGUUGAUGUGAGGCUAUCUAUUCGAGGAGGAGGAGAGUUUGGACGAGGACCCAGGACCCGUAGAUGUGAGGUGACUUUGUUUACAAAGAGGCAUGGAGUGGUGCGGGCUGAGGAAGAUGCUGAAACUACCUAUGGAAGUAUAGAUUUGGUGUCAUCAAUCAUUCAGAGGAAAUUGAGGAAGAUAAAGGAAAAGGAGUCAGAUCAUGGUCGCCACAUGAAGGGUUUCAAUAGGUUGAAGGUUAGAGAGCCAGUUGAGCAACUACCCCUGGAUGAGGAUGAAAUAUCCUCACAGGAGGAGGAAGAAUCAACUGACGAGGUUGUCCGCACAAAAUACUUUGACAUGCCGCCAUUGUCUGUGUAUGAUGCAAUUGAGCAGCUUGAAAAUGUUGAUCAUGACUUCUACGCUUUUCGAAAUGAAGGAACUGGGGAGAUUAAUAUUGUAUACAAAAGAAAAGAAGGAGGUUAUGGACUCAUUAUACCCAAAGGAGAUGGUGAACCAGAGAAAUUGGAUCCUGCAGUGGUUGAACAAGCUAGAGAACCAUCCCUGAAAGAAUGAAAGGCAUUCAUGAAAACUCUUUUUGUUAGAACGUGCGAGCUUGUACAUGAUUAGCGGAUACUAACGGAAAUUUCUUUAUAGUCAUAAAGCAAUUUCAAUGGAGGCUCUGGUGCUUUAAGUGCAAACCAGGUUUUAAAGUAUGAUGUACACUUGGGUGACUAGUGAUUGUAAAAUGAAAGAGAUACAUCAUUUUGUGUACUGAACAUAAUGUCCAGAGUACUCCUUUCCUCUAACAAUGCAACCUACUUUCUUUUAUCAUUAGUUUUGUCUGCUUCAUGUCUAUUGCUUUUUUCAGAUU